AUGCCAGCCAGAGACCCCUAUCAGAACCAACACCACCCCCAUGCAGGGCCAUGGAUAGGGCCGCUCCAUCGACCAUUCAUGUAUCUCAAAAGAGCCGGCAAGGCCGGGUCCUUUCCUUUACGUGGUAUCUGGUUCUUUCUAUGCAACCGCGAGUUUUGGCCACUCUUUAUGAGCAGGAUUCUACCUUUAUCUUUGAUAUCGUUUCUUGUGUACUUUGUUCUCUUCACGUUUACCUUCUUACCCCAGUAUGCAUUCUUAGCCAUCUUUCAUGGCUGGGGCGCGUGGGUCAAUACUGUGGUACUGGUGCUGGGGGAAGGCUUGGUCAUCAUACAGGGUCUAUUUGAAGGGUUCUUUGUCGAUGAAUGUCGCGUGGAUGUGUUUGAUGCCGCUCUCAUCAAGCUGGGGCACAAGGAUCUUAUUGCACCACAGCGAAUUCUCUUCUUGGAUGCACCAAGCCCCGUUCGGAUGCUUGGAAAACCUACAGCUGAUGCGGUCUACACGCCCUGGAGCAUAAUUCAAAUCGUUGAGCUUGUCGUAUUCCUGCCACUCAACUUCGUCCCUGUCGUUGGCACGCCCGCCUUCAUCAUCAUCACAGGCACCCGGCUUGGAAAGCUCGCUCAUUAUCGAUGGUUCCAACUCAAGGGCUACUCAAAGGUUGAGCAGAAGAAGGCGCUGAGGGACCGCGCAUGGGAGUAUGUUUGGUUCGGCACAGUUGCUAUGAUCCUGGAACUCGUUCCUGUCUUGUCAUUAUUCUUUCUCCUGACAACUACGGCAGGAGCUGCUCAAUGGACGGCAGAAAUCGAAGAUGAGGAUAUAACCCCUGAUGCGGAUGAGUAUCAUGAUCACAAUGGGCACAGUGAGCAGUACGAUCACCCUGAUGCGCCUCCCCCCCCUUACACGGACUUGGUAUGA